AUGGGUAAAGGAAGCAAGCCUCAUCCUAUUAUUAAUAAAUACAACGUAGAUGGAGAGAAAACAAUUUGUUCAAUUUGCAAGAAAGAAUAUCCUUCGCCUUUGAACAUUUCAACAGCGAAAAAUCAUUUUAGAGAUAACCAUCUUAAUAUUUGGAAUGAAUUAAAGAUAGAUCGUAAAAGUAGAAUACGUACAUCUCGUCAUAAGGUUUAUAAUUACUUUUCAGUGAAUGAUUCUGGAGAAUAUCAGUGUAAUUUGUGUUCUCAAAAGUACAAUGAACCUCAAUGUAACGAGUUGAAGUAUCACUUUUCUCGUUAUCAUAAAGAAGUUUGGAAUUUUAUUAAAGGAAAAAAGAAAGAACGUGGCGUUAGAAUUUUUCAAGAAAAUGAUAAUGAAGGCAUAGCUGAAAGCUCUCAAACUGACUUUAUGAGAAACGAUGAAAUUCCGGAUCAUGAUACGAAUAUUUCUUCUAAUUCUGAUAACGACGUAGAAAUGGUGAAAAAAGUUAGUCUCAUAGAAUCUAUUGACAUGGAAAAUGAAAAUACGGAAGUUAAGAUUAAAAGAGACGAAGUUAAUAUUAAAGGAAAAGCAAGGGUUAAUUUUAAAUGA